GCACUGCUGGGCUGCACUGAUGGGCACAGGUGGGCGGCACUGGUGGGCACAGGUGGGUGGCACUGCUGGGCACACUUGUGUGACACUGCUGGGUGGCACAGGUGGGUGCACUGCUGGGCACAGGUGGAUGCACAGGUGGGCGGAGCUAGUGGGCGCACGGCUGGGCACAGGUGGGCGGAACUUGAGUGGCACUGCUGGGCACCAAUCAUCAGGGCACUGAUCGUCAGUGCCCUGAUGAUCGGUGCCGAUCCCUGCUCUAACAACUGCCGGUUCUUGGCAGUACUUUCCUCACGAUCUGACAGCGUGAGGAAAGUGCAGCCGAGAACCGGCAAUUGCAU